CUCCCUGGGCCAGUGUGAAGCCGAGUGGUGGGAGGGAGGUUGUGACGCUCCGCUUUGUUGGACUACCAGCAAAAGGAGAACAUCCGAGGAGGAUUCCUGGAGAUUUACCUGUAGGAGGAAGCCGCAAAGGGAAAUCUUGGUCAAUAUCACUCAGGAAACGGAAUUGAAGGCGACUUUUGCAUUGGAUAUUGUAAGAGCACGGAGUAGUUUUGGUUGGAAUCAUUUUUGAGGGACGGAAGGAAUAGUUUUGGUAUAUUACCGGCGCAGCAUUGAAGGCAGUGCAAGAUGUCGGCGAUCAAGUACCUGGGAGGACUGAAGGCAUACCUGGCGCGGGGAGAGUGUGUCAACGAGAGCUCCAUAUUCCGCCUGCACUACCAAUUCACGGUGGUGGUAUUGAUCGGCGCCUCUGUCCUGCUCACCGCUGCGGAGUUCUUCGGUAACCCCAUCGACUGCAUCACCAGCCUCAGCCAGGGCAACGUGAUCAACACCUAUUGCUGGAUACACUCCACGUUCACUAUACAGGACUAUUACUUACGAGAGAGUGGGAAACUUGGGGCCCAGCCUGGCGUGGGGCCGCCUGCGUCGUACGAUGAAGAGGAGAUGGAAGCCAAGUGGCGCUUCCACAACUACUACCAGUGGGUCGUUUUCUUCCUGUUCUUCCAGGCGGCUCUUUGCUACAUACCAAAGUUUGUGUGGAACAACUGUGAAGGUGGCCUCAUGCAUACCAUUGGUGAAGGCCUCAACCCAGGGCUGCACAAGGAGGAUGAGGUGUCAUCUCGCAAGAAGGUCAUCAUUGACUACAUUGUGAAACACAUUCGGAUGCACAAUGGCUACGUGUUCAAGUACUGGUUCUGCGAGCUUCUGUGUUUCGUCAACAUAGUUGGCCAGCUGUUCCUCAUUGACGCUUUCCUGGGAGGAGAGUUCCUCACGUAUGGUCCAAGGGUUUUGGAGUACUCGGAGAUGGAUCAAACUGAGCGUGUUGAUCCCAUGAUCUUCGUAUUCCCCCGUAUGACCAAGUGCCAUUUCCACAAGUUUGGUCCCUCAGGCACUCUGGAGCGCCACGAUGCCUUCUGUCUGCUGCCCCUCAACAUCCUCAACGAAAAGGUGUUCAUCACAAUUUGGUUCUGGUAUGUGAUCCUGGCCACCCUGCUGGGAGGUCUGCUCCUGUACCGCAUUGCUCUCUUCACACUCCCUGGCCUGCGGCCCCGGGCCAUGCACAAACACAACAAGGCCGUGCCAAUUGAAACAGUUGAGGCCAUCACCAACAAGACCUCCAUCGGAGACUGGUGGAUCCUGUACGUUCUGUCAACAAACAUCGACCCUCUCAUUUACCGGGACAUCAUGGUGAAACUUUCCAAGGAGAUCGAGACUGCCAACAGCAACAGCCCCUACAACAGUGCGGGACUGUAUUCCUCCUCCUCUGUAUGAAUGCUGGAGGACAUGGACUGAGGGCUGUUACCUCCCAGCUGAAGGUGUAAUAAUUAUGAAAGAACAGAAAGGUAGACAAUGUUAUGCUUUGCCCACAAGGUUUAGGCAAGUCUCUCAAAGAAAAGCAAAAGAGACUGACACAUUUUGGUGCUACAUAUUUUUCCCAAUUUGUUUUUCACGACAAUAAAAGGCCUGGAGUGGGUGCUGCUCAGAGUUGGUGAGGGUUUCUGUAUGUGGCUUGAUAGCAAGUGUUCUAACACGUGUUCAUUGCCAUAUUAGUAUUACGUGCAUUUUUAUCUCAUCAGUUUUAAUGAAAUACUUGCUGGAUGUAAUGACUCUGCUUUUAUAUUUAGUGGUCCAAAACCAUUUAGGCAAAACACUAAUUAGAUAUGUUUAAUGUACACGAGAUAAGCUUUUAAUGCUGUUUUGUAGUUGUGGAGAUGACACUGUUUGCGUCCUGAGUUCUGAAGAUAGUGUCAGGAAAUGAUUACUCAUUGAACUGCAGAAAUGUGGCCAGUGGCAUAGUAUGACAUUUUGUAUAAAUUAUUUUCACAUCUUACUGUGUAGUGGAAUGUGCUGUGAAUGGUCUGGUGUAGACCAGCAUUGUUAAUGGGAUGUUUCCAGUGCGAUGGCAACUAGCCUUUCCCUUCAGCUGAGCCCUGAAGACCUAAGUGUCAAGAGUUGAAAGGUUGCUCCCUGUGUUUAGGGGAGCCAGAGCUGCUGUGUUAGGGUGACAGCCAUCAGUUCGUGUCUCAGAAAGUUUAUACUCUAGCUCGUAGAUGACGUACGAUUCCUUCCUUUCUCAAGAUGAUUCUGCUUACGACAAUGUUUUUUUCACAUCCAUUAUUUUCAUGGGAAUGUUAGUUUUGAAGAUAUUUAUUAAAGUUUUGCUAAGGAAAGCUUUAUAAGCUUUUACUGAAAUAGUUUUGACAUUUGCUAUUAUGAGUGCUCUUUAGUUCUACAAAGUUGUAUUGUGUAAUUUUAAUGUAGUGACAAAAUAAUGCAAUUAUUUUUAUUUGAUUAUAUUUAUUUUUUGACAUGGUUUUGUAAAGCAAUGAAUGUUAUAUUGGCAUGUAAUAUAAAAACUCAAUAUACUACUAGCUCAGAUAAUCAUUGUAAGUGAUGCAAUAAUACAAGUAUGUGCCUUUCCCAUAAGAGAGCAUUUUGAUGUAGCCUCUCAGUCUUUCCAUUACUUGUAAACAAGAAUGCUGCUCUCUACACUGUCACAUUGCAAGGCUGAGUAUCUUGUGAUGGUGAAUGACUGUGUUCUUUAUCUGUAUGGAAGGUUUUAUUUUAGUACAUACCACGGUACAUACACUAGCCUUACGACUGUUGCCAGAUUCUUUUUUGACCAUGGAACAAUGAUAUGGAAUGACUUAUGUGUUGCAUGUGACAAUGAUGCUAUUUAACUGUUGUCUGGAUAAUAUGCCCUAAUAAGUGCCAAUGAGUAAGAGCUACUCUUGGAACUGUUGGAUGGUCCUAAACUUGUAUUACAAAAGUUUUUUUGCUUUUGUUUGAGUGGUGGUAUGUCAGUGCUUCACCAAGCACUGAGGUUAUGUGUAAUGUGUAGUUGUGUAUUUUAUAGCUAAAGUAAACAAGAUUUUUUAUA